AUGUUGGGCGAUGCGGCGCUCAAGCUCGUGACCGAAUCCAAGGCGUGUCUAAACCUGGACACCGUCAAACCAUACAAUGAUGAGCUGGUGCGGAUGUUGGUGUUGGAAACCAAGCAGCUGCACACACACAUGCAGUCGCUGCUCUCUCUGCUCGAGACAUCAACCGCUGUCGAAGUGGCGGGCUUGCAGUCGCAGCUGCUGAUGCUGCAUCUGGUGGUGCAGACCAACAAACGCGCGCUGCUGAUCUACCACAAUGUGCGCACGGAUCUGCUCACCUCGGCACUCAACAACGCACACUCGCUACCGACACUCCUAGCAAGGUCACCGGCGAUGAAGGCCGGAUUGGCCCCACACGAGAUCGAGUACCUCAAACACUACGCUGGGCUUAUCCAGACCGUCAAGGUCGACUACAUGCACUCGGCACCCAGUCUUCAGUUGGAUAUCAUGGAUCAACAUCCCGAUGAAAGACCGCCGACGAAUUUGCUCGUGACCAUCAAGGUGCUCAAGCCGUUGAACGAUGUGUGGCUGAGCCAUGCACAGUCGGCGCCCAGCUCGUUUCAGAAGGAUCAGACGCUCACCAUCAGCCAUGCGGACGUAAGACCGCUCAUCAAUAGAGGAUGGGUGGCGCUCGUCGAUAGCGACCCGUAG